UUUUUUACUGGUAAUGUGAAAGAAUAAUAUAAAAACUUGAUUUUCCUCAACAACAUUACUUUCUUUUGUAAAUGUGGUUUCUAGAAAGAUGAAACAAUUACAAUUUACAGGUUUUAUUUUUUUCUUGUGUUUUUUGACUGAAUCCCUAACUCUGCCCACACAACCUCAGGAUGUAGAUAACUUCAGUAGCACUCAAAAAUUUAUAGAAGAGAAUCUUGAAUACAUCACCAUCAUUGCAUUUGCUCAGUAUGUUCAGGAAGCAACCUUUGAAGAAAUGGAAAAACUAGUGAAAGACAUGGUAGAAUACAAAGAUAGAUGUAUGGCUGACAAGACACUCCCAGAGUGUUCAAAAUUACCUAAUAAUUUUUUACAGGAAAAAAUGUGUGCUAUGGAGGGGUUGCCACAAAAGCAUAAUUUUUCACACUGCUGCAGUAAGGUUGGUGCUGAAAGAAGACUCUGUUUCUUCUAUAACAAGAAAGCUGAUGUGGGAUUUCUGCCUCCUUUCCCUACCCUGGAUCCUGAAGAGAAAUGCCAGUCUUAUGAAAGUAACAGAGAAUCCCUUCUAAAUCAUUUUUUAUAUGAAGUUGCCAGAAGGAACCCGUUUGUCUUCGCCCCUACACUUCUAACUGUUGCUGCUCAUUUUGAGGAGGUGGCUAAAUCAUGUUGUGAAGAACAAAACAAAGUCAACUGCUUUCAAACAAGGGCAAUACCUGUCAUACAAUAUUUAAAAGCAUUUUCUUCUUAUCAAAAACAUGUCUGUGGGGCACUUUUGAAAUUUGGAACCAAAGUUGUACACUUUAUAUAUAUUGCGGUACUCAGUCAAAAAUUCCCCAAGAUUGAAUUUAAGGAGCUUAUUUCUCUCGUAGAAGAUAUUUCUUCCAACUAUGAAGGAUGCUGUGAAGGGGAUGUUGUGCAGUGCAUCCGUGACACGAGCAAGGUUAUGAACCAUAUUUGUUCAAAACAAGAUUCUAUCUCCAGCAAAAUCAAAGAGUGCUGUGAAAAGAAAAUACCAGAGCGUGGCCAGUGCAUAAUUAACUCAAAUAAAGAUGAUAGACCAAAGGAUUUAUCUCUAAGAGAAGCAAAAUUUACUGACAGUGAAAAUGUGUGUCAAGAACGAGAUGCUGACCCAGACAUCUUCUUUGCGAAGUUUACUUUUGAAUACUCAAGGAGACAUCCAGACCUGUCUAUACCAGGGCUUUUAAGAAUUGUUCAAAUAUACAAAGAUCUCCUGAGAAAUUGCUGCAACACAGAAAACCCUCCAGGUUGUUACCGUUACGCGGAAGACAAAUUCAAUGAGACAACUGAGAAAAGUCUUAAGAUGGUACAACAAGAAUGUAAACAUUUCCAGAAUUUGGGGAAGGAUGGUUUGACAUACCAGUACCUUAUCAGACUCACGAAGAUAGCUCCCCAGCUCUCCUCUGAAGAACUGGUCUCUCUUGGCAAGAAAAUGGUGACAGCUUUCACUACUUGCUGCACACUGAGUGAAGAGUUUGCCUGUGUUGAUAAUUUGGCAGAUUUAGUUCUUGGAGAGUUAUGUGGAGUAAAUGAAAAUCGAACUAUCAACCCUGCUGUGGACCACUGUUGUAAAACAAACUUUGCCUUCAGAAGGCCCUGCUUUGAGAGUUUGAAAGCUGAUAAAACAUAUGUGCCUCCACCUUUCUCUCAAGAUUUAUUUACCUUUCAUGCAGACAUGUGUCAAUCUCAGAAUGAGGAGCUUCAGAGGAAGACAGACAGGUUUCUUGUCAACGUAGUGAAGCUGAAGCAUGAACUCACAGAUGAGGAGCUGCAGUCUUUGUUUACCAAUUUCACAAAUGCAGUGGAGAAGUGCUGCAAAGCAGAGAGUCCUAAAGUCUGCUUUAAUGAAGAGUGUCUACCAGGACUAUAUUUGAGAGCACAAUUGCUACACAACUAAUAUGGAGACAUCUCUGAAAUACACUUUGAGCAAUGUCUCCUUAGCACAGAAAAAGCUAUUAGGAAGACCUGGGUUGUAACCCCGGCAGUCUUGUAAGUCAUGCAACUUAAACUGAAUGGCAAUUAACGAUCUGUAAAUGAAGAUGGUAAUAAUUAUUCCUGAAUUACACCUUUGGUUCUUAUUUUUUGGUUUUGAACCACUCAUUAUCUUAAUAAGACAGAGUCAAAGCGACUUGCAAAGGAAAUCAUAAGCAACUCCAAAUGGAGUGGAGCAGGAAUGGUAUUAGAAUGUGAACUCUUUCAGGAAUGGCUCUCUCACUUUGCCAGGCCUUGUACUAACAUCCUGCAGUUGAGAAUAAUGAGGGAGUGGAGGGUAAGGGUAGUCAGGGAGAAAAGGGAGAAAUGUCCCUUGCUUGCCCUCACUCCAGUGAAGGUGGUCUGUAGCCAUUUGCUCUGGUGUGAACCUCAGCAACCUGUGAAUGUUAGCCCCAAUGGAUGGCUCCAUGGAAAUACCUGUUCACUGUUUUCCAACUUUAUUUCUCACCGUUUCUUUUCUAGGAACACUCACUCCACUCCAAACUCACAAUUCAUGUAAAUUCACAGGCACACAAACUCACAUGCAUCAUUCAUUCUGGUUGUGAGCCAUCUACUUUUCUGAGUGACACUUAGUUUGUGGAAAUUGUUUUGGGAGUACAUAUUAUUAGUUUUUUAAAAAUAUACUUAGUUUUAAGUAGAGGAUAUUAAUCAAUAUCUAGCAUUUAUCUGAGUGAGUGUGUGCAUUAGUGCCAUGUGAAGGAAAGGAUGAAUUUAUUGGCAGUUGUAAAGAGCCGUUUGGUGUCUAUUUCUUCACUAGAAGGAAGAAUGUUUACUGUUUCCCUAUACAAUGUGGGAAUGAUUUAAUUUUCUUCAAAAUUCAGGGAAACAUGCUUAUCUAAAUUUAAA